CGUGACGUUACAUAUACGCCUAUGAUGAAAACACGAGAGACGUGUAACUUUGACAGUUCCGGGAAAAUCCACAGGAAUACUUUACAACUGAAAUCGUUAUUAACAGAUAAAUGACAUGUCAUGUAAGACGUUUUUGCUCUAUUAAAAAAGUUACAUAUAGAAAUCUAAGAAAUAUAUGACAAAUAAGUGUCAGUAUGCUGAGCAGAUCUAUAGUCGUGCAAAGUCUCAUGAGUAUCAGAGAUAGGUUUUUUGAUACAAGACGACAAAGAAAUGAGAAAAGUGAUGGUCAGGGAUCAAGUAAUGAAGUCACGGGCCCCUGUCUGGAUAACCUGACGGUUGACAUGCAGUUUCUCAUCAUGACCUUCCUGUCUCCGCAAGACCUCUGCAGAUUGGGAGGCACCAGUACAUACUGGCAGUCAAUGGUUCGAGACCCUGUCCUGUGGAAGUACUUCCUGUUACGUGAUAUGCCACUCUGGCAGUCAGUUGACCAUUUAUCAGUGCCUCAGGUCAAGCUCACUGGCUCAGCUCUGCUGGAUGACCCUGAGAUGCAGCUUGAUUAUAUGGCAGAGUAUCUACGUGUUUGUCCGGCCUGUCGAAACCAAUGGCAAUACCAACCCAGAGCCUUCGAAUCUGUGACUUCCUUCUUCCAGUCUCUUGUACCGGUUUCAGAGCCACAGUUUGCCAUGUUUGGCCCCGGGCUUGAGCAGUUAGAGAUUUCCCUCAUGAAUACAAUCAUGUAUUCUCCUCAUGUACUGCCUUUAGCAGGACUACCUCAUCGGCAGAUUGAUGGCAUUGGAUCUGGAAUCAGUUUUAAGUACAAAGAUCAGCACAGAUUCAAUAUUGUAACUUUAUAUUCAACAAACAGGACGGAGCGAGAGAGAGCGCGUCUGGAGCAUGUCAAUCUGCGCAAUAAAAUCUUUGUCUAUGAAGAGGAUAGUGAGUCUAACAUACCCUUAAGCAUCAUCCCCAUGUUUAAUCAAGUUUGUCAAGCUGUGAAUGGAUUCAUCUUUGUGGCUAAUGCUGAGACAGAAAGAGGAACAGACAGAGGGUGGGAGGAGGAAUGUGCCCAGAUCAGGGUUAUGUUAGACCCUGCGGUGGGUGCUGUGUCCCGCCCGAUCCUGGUGCUCUCCUGUGUGUCUAGAGAGACCACAGACAGACGCAGGAUAUCUUGUGUGACCAUUGCCCAUCAGCUUCAGCUCAGCUCCCUGCCCAACCCUUGGAUGGUUCAGGACACGACUGCAGAAACACUGACAGGACUGCUGAAUGGUAUUGAUUGGCUGCUGAGGCACUCUGGAGUCAAGCUAUAGCCAAUAAGACUGUAAUGAAGCUACUGGAUGUAUCAAGUCACAAGUCACACUAUUAUAGGGGGUUGUGCUUUUGGUGGCGACCACAGUUAUACCAUUACAUUUAUUUGUUUUCACAAUUGCAAUUUUGGCUAAAUGUUGUCCCUUAAUUGACUUGUUAGAUUUUUUGAAAAAAAGUGACAUAUUUUUACAUUUGUGACCCUGGACCACAAAUCCAGUCUAGGCUGGGGUAUAUUUUUAGCAAUGGGUCAAAAUGAUAGACUUUUCAUUUUUGCCAAAAAUCAUUAGGAUAUUAAGUAAAGAUCAUUAGGGUUAGUUAGGGUUAGGGUUAUAUUAGGGUUAUAUUAUAUAUUUUGGAAAUUCCCUACCAUAAAUAUAUAGAAACUUAAUUUUUAAUCAUUAAUAUGCAUUGCUAAGAACUUCAUUUGGACAACUUCAAAGGCAAUUUUCUUGGUAUUUGGAUUUUUUUGUCAUAUCCUAACAAACCAUACAUCAAUGGAAAUCUUAUUUAUUCAUCUUUCAGAUGAUGCAUAAAUCUCAAUUUUGAAAAACUGACAUUUAAGACUAGGGUCACACACACAUACACACAUAUAUUUAAUCAGGGGAAUAAAAUGUAUGUAGCUCUAAAGGUAAUAUUACACAAGCAAGAAUGCUUUUUGCACUGAACAUCAACAUGUCUGAGAUUUGACUGUAGCAGGUGAUAUUAAGAAUCAGAAUAACAAGUUAUGAUUGUAAUACAGUGCAGUUUAAUAAAGAAAAAGUUAAUAUUAAGGAACUUAUAUUUAAGACACAAAUCCAAAGCAGAGCCAUCCAUCUCCAAACAAGGGUUUUUAAAUGCAUUGAUUGAGUGAAUUGAGUGAUUUAUUGAUUCACUUCUUGUAGUCCCAGUGCUGUUUGACUAAAUUUGCUGAUAUUUGCUCUUGGAACCUAUCAAAUUCAAGGACUGGAACUCUUGUAUAAAUAUGGCUCACAGCAUAACAGUUUCCUCUCUUUAUGAAACUAUCUUAGGUGAAUAAUGCAUAUAAAAUAUGUAACCUCAGAAUAAUGAUAGUUCAAUUAAUUUAACCCUGUGCUGUGCUGAAAAUCUUUUACCUAAUUUGGUGUUCCCAUAUUUCAAUAUUUUAGUUUCGAUAUUUGGUAAUAAUAUAGCAUACCAAGAGAUUUGUAGGAAAUCCCUUGUAGCCUGGACAUUUUUGGAUGGAAACACCUCUGUGAGUAAAGUCAGUAAGAUUUAGUCCAGAGUGUUAACAUUAGCAUUUUUGGGAAAAGGAAAUCAUAUCUUGCUCACAAUAUUAAUUGUCAUAUAUUGUUCUUAAUUAUUCAGUAUGGAUCAUUCUGUCUCAUGAAGGGUGUUUUUCCUAAUUUGUCCACAAAGAGGCAGCAUUCUCAGCUUUAUUAAGAUGAUAUGUUCACAACAAUAAGAACAUUGACCUUGUAUAAUCUGCUGCUCAGUUUUAUUCAGGGUGGAGGUCAACCAGUGGCCAGUGUUCAAGAAAUAUUUAGGUAUUGCUUUGUCUGUCUUCUCUGUCGGAGACUCCCUGUGGCCCUGUUCUCUUCCUCUGUUUAAUUAAAGUGAAAGCCAGCCUAUGCUUUCGGCAUUUUACAGAAGUAAUAUGCUAAACGGAGUAAUUAAAACUAAUGCUAAAGUUCAGCCUAACUGAAGGCCACACUGCCACUGAGCAUGCUUAAACUCUCAAACCGAGUCACUUUAAAUAGUGAAAAAUGGGACUCAAUAGGAGGAUAAUGGUUGUGCAAUGAGACAAGAAUCAUUGUCUUUUUUCUCUUUCUGACAUAUUUUCAAGGUUGAGUGCUUGAUAGAUUAGACAGGUGGGGUUUUAUAUGACAAGUAACUCACUUCUGAGCACUAAGUACAUGUACUAAUAACACUAAAAUCCAUUCUGGUUGGAAGCAGAUGUAAUAAAAAAAAUGUUUAGUCCAUUUUGUAUUUUACUAGAGGAAGAACAGAACUGUUUUUUCUUGCUAUCUCUUUUCUUACUCAUAAAAUGAUUAUGUAUAGCAAUAAUCAUUGUCUUGGGAAAGAAAAGAGAUGUUUUAAAAUGAAAAUGUAAUUGCUGCAAUUUGGAUACAUUAAGUCUAACCUGAAUGAUAGAGAUGGCUGUCUGCUCUGUAAUGUAAUUUGACAUAAAAGAGAAAGUGUUGA